GCAGUGAUAGCCCUCAUGUUGUUGUCUAUGCUAUCAUACGGCGCGGUAACGGGUGGUGAGUACGGAAUAAUACCGGAAUAUGCGCUCAACUAUUCAGGAACAAUUUUCGGUGUGGCCAACACUCUGGCCUCAACUCUUGGCUUUGUUUGUCCCUUAAUUGUUGGUCUACUUCUUGAUCACGGGGAGGGGUCGGGUGCCAGACAUCAGUGGAAUAUAAUGUGGUAUAUGGCGGGCGCUGUCUAUGCAUUCGGUGGACUCGUAUUUGAAGUGCUGGGGACAGCAGAGCCUCAGCCCUGGGCUUUAAUUAUAGACACAAACUCCAGUCCGCAAGAUAUGAAAUUAUCUGUCAUUUCAAAUGAUAAUUAA